ACCUGCAAGGAUUAUGGAGUUCAGGUUACAGCUGGGACGACAUCCUUCCCGAGAGUAUUCAGCAAACAUGGUUAGAGAAUGCCCAGUCCAUAAAUGAUCUCCUGUCAUUUCAGUUUGACCGCAAGCUAAAACCAAACAACGCAGUGGGUGUGCCUCAAAUUCACGGAUUCUCCGAUGGUGGUGAGCAGGCUUAUGGUGCGGUCAUCUUCCUACGGUGGAAACUUGCUGGCGGAAACUAUCGUAGUGUUCCAGUCACGAUAAAGGCUUUCGUCGCACCUCUGAAGAAGAAGAGCAUCCCGAGAUUAGAACUGUUGGGCUGUUUAGCACUUGCACGCAUGUACGUUACAUGUGUAAAAGCAUUGGAGUUCGCAAAAGCCCAGGACUGGGAAAGAUUCUUCUGGAUCUAUUCAUCAACCGUUUUGUCCUGGAUCAGAACGCCACCACGGGAAUUCAGGCCUUUCGUAUCUGCCAGAGUGGCUGAAAUUCAAGAGACGAUUGGGGCAGACCAAAUACGCUACAUCAAGUCUAACAACAACCCCGCAGAUGCUCUAACGAGAGGAAUCCAUAUUAAUCAUCUCAUGAAGUGGUCAGAGGGACCAUCCUUCCUAGAGUUGCCAGAAGAAAAGUGGCCCAGCGCUCAAGACCACACCCGAGUUAACACUCAUGUGGACGAUCUCGACGCUUUAAGAGAGAAGAAAACGUUCCGGAAAGAGAAGAAAGCCGGUAAACAUCACAGUGCCGCCGCGGAAGUAUGUCCUGAACUAGAUCAACCUGGAUCUGAAGAAAAUCCUAUCCUUUUACACUUGCUGAAAACGUGUUCUACGUACUCCAAGAUACGGAGAACUCUAGCCUACGUCGGUCGCUUUAUUCACAACGCUCGGAAAAUGAACCCAAAGUCAGGGCCCAUUUCAGUUCAGGAACUGAAGGCUGCCGAGACCCAUCUUCUGAAGUGGAGUCAAUUUCACGUCAACGAAGACAGCUUGGAUAAGAAACUGGUAGCAAAGAAGGAUGAAGAUAGCCUUUUUCGUGCGCAUGGUCGACUUGAAGAUGUCAGAUGUCUCCCGGAAGAGUUGAGAAAACCUAUCAUCUUGCCAAAAGACCACCCCUUUGUGAUCUUGCUUCUGCGUGACCUCCACGAACGACGUGGCAUUGUGGCUAUAAGAGUUUAAUCCACGAGGCCAGAAAA